AAACAAGUGAAAAUUUGUUGUCCGCAUCUAAAAAUACCAAUUCUAGACGAAUUGGACGCUUAUUAAGGGACGAAUUUCAAGUAAUAUUAGAAAAAAGAUCCAGAAAACACUCGGAAGUCGACCAGAAAUGCUGUCGUUACCCGAAGCAUUCUGCAACGGAGUUUCUUCGCACAAAUCACCCCCAAAAGACGUUCAGUUUAUUUAAAAGCUGUCGAAGUCUUUGGUCUUUGUUCCUAUAUAACAAAACACUAAUGGACUAGGUUCUGGUUAUAUGAUAGAAAUUCUGGCGUAUAAGCGUAUUCAGACAAUUCAUCUUACGAGUUCUUAGAAAACAAAGAUAUCUUGGCAGCCUUUUGGUGCUCGUGAAUGGUUCCUUUGUCGAUAAAUUUAAAUACUUUCUUUGAAAUUUGAUUGAAGCGGAAAUGCAAGAUGGCGAUGUUAGCGUUGUUUAAGUCGACUGUGAGUUUGACGGUGCUCUUUUAAAGGGAUCUUAAAGAUUUUACCCAGCGAAACUUUUGGCAAUGAGUGGCAUCUUGUUUCAAGAAAGAGGAGUUGAAGCAACGUUUCUAUGAACUUUAAAGCUAGGGGUAAAAGUUCGUAAAAUAAUCCCUCGAUCCUAUCGAGACAUGUUCGUUAAAAUGUUCACUCGUGUUUCGCCGAUGACGUUGUCUGCUUACGCGCUUGUUUUGUGUUUCUUUACCCUCUCAAAGGAGUCGAAAACUGGUAGAAAUGAGUGAGUUUGAUAAAAAGGAAGUGUGAGAAAGUUGGUUCCAAAUGUGACCCAAAUUUGAAGCACUAUUAAAAUGAAAUAACAGGAAUUGAAUGAUAUCCAGAGCCAUCUGAACAAUGCUAAUCAGGGGGGAGAGGGAGUUAUUCGUAUAAUCAGUUGUGCCAGACUAAUUUCUUUUGCUAAGUGAAUUGCUUUCAAAGAAAUCCGUCGGACACAACAGAAUAAAUGAAAAAACACCAACCACAGACACACCCCACCCCUUAUCAAUGUUCUAGGGAUGAACCUGCCGAUAUGGAAGACAGAACCAACGUGCAGCGUAGUCGGUGGAAUAGUCAAUAUUUCGUGGCGUCCUCGUAUUCUCAAUUUACCUCCAAACGGUUCUGUUGAGCAAGCUCAGUUUUGCUUUCAUACGUAUUAUUACGACAAUGGCCCAGCGCAUUGUUUUCCAGCCUGUGGCGCAACUUUUUUUGCUAAUGGAACGCUUAAAGAAACACGGUCCUAUCAAAAGGACAUUAUAAGUUUCUGCCAUACAUGGGGAGCUUCUUGCAAAAUGCUUCCACCUACUAUUACACUGAACCAGAUCACGUGGUCCCCUGAAACUCAAACUAUUUCCUGUUCUCUGCUGAGAACAUGCUUGGUAUAUCAGCAAUAUUUUUCCGUUGUGGGCAUUGCGUCGAGCAAAUUUGAUAUUUGUCAAGCUGGGAUGCUUGGACUCACUAAGCCAGCCAAACCGUUUGACGUCCACGCUACGGAAGUAAAAAGCGAAGAGAUUACAAUUUCUUGGAAAUUGCCUCGAUGUGGUGUGGAAUACUACCAAACAGAGGUUUAUGUUCUUGUGAACGGCGACGAAAGAAAUCCGGCAUCUGAUUACGUAACGACGGAACACGGUGUAAUCAACGAGUAUUCAUUCACAAUCACGAAUCUUCUACCGUACAAAACAGUCGCCGUUCGAAUCCUUACCGAACGUUUAAGUUAUUCGUCUGAAAGUCCAAUUUACUCUUUCACCACUAAGCAAUCAGCUCCUGGCAGUCCACCCGUGUUGAAAAACGUUGAUGGUGUGCAUGGUGACUUAAUUCAGUUAACAUGGGAGAUUCGCGACCCAUCUACUUUAAACGGCGUAGCAAAUAUAACGAGGAUUAUUGGAAUGAAGGAUGGCAAAAUAGUCUAUAACGAUGUUCGAUAUGGUAAUAAUAGGACCUCGACAUUGUUGGCAGUCAACUCCACUCAGCGUUGUGCUUAUUUCAAAGUGAAGAUUUGUAAUGCUCCAAAUCUCUGUAGUGGCUUCUCCCAAAGCCUGAAGGCAAAAGAAUGUUUUGAACAAACAACGAACGUUGGCAUCGUGAGCUCAUCUUCGCAGGCCAAAACGAUUACGAUUCUCGCCAUUUGCGUUGUUUUGUUUGUCAUUUUUUGUGCGAUUGCUGUUUAUUGCUGCUACCGACGAAAGAAAAAGGAAGCUCGUCCAAAGUUACCCGACCUUGAGCCAAAGAAAGACUGUGCUGAAGACUUAAAAGAUGUUAGGGAACUGUCUCAGUUGGAACCAUAUUCGGAGCUAAUGCCGGUGAAAGACCCAAAAGAUCAAUCAUACAACUGCUGAGAGAAGGAGGUUUGGCUAUCUCUUCUAUUGUUUGGACCCUAUUUUUUUAGAUCUGUAGAUAACGUUUUAAUAGUCUAGGGCCAUGUAGAUGUCUAAGAGAACUAACACUUCAUCGCGACAUCACAUGCUUACGGAGUGGGAUCUUUUCUUAGCCUUAGGAGGUUUGCUCCCUUUUGGUGCUUUGAUUUCCUUGUUGCAACUUUUAAACACGGUCUUUUCACCUUUCAGUGGAAUGAAAAUAUAUAUUGAAGUUGUUUUAAAAGUUGUAACCAUGCAUGCGGAAUAAGACACGUGGUAAAACCGCGCGUUGACCACCUCGGUCAUGCAUGCAAAUUUUUUACUAGAUUUGAUGUGGUCAGAGCUUAGACUCUCCUCUUCCACCUGCUUUAUUUAGAUGCAAAGCUCGGGACAGGGGGGAGUGUUCAAGCUCAUCCGACUAAAUCUGGCAAAAAUAUUUCAUAUAUGGUCACACCGAAUUCGACUCUGGGUUAUUGAAAGUUAAAAAACCGAGUUUAUUCUUACGAGAGCGGUCCAAAACUACCGUAUCGACUGACUAUGGUCAUCAUCAAAAAGAUCGUGUUUACGAGUUUAGCGCGAAAGAGCCAAUGUUCAAUUGUCCGAAUUGACGACGGGGCUUUCGCGUUAUUUUAUUGGUAUCUCGAUGGCACACACGAACGUAUUUUCAAUUUGUAUUUAUGUUUUAUAUUAAUAUUUAUAUCAUGUUAUUUAUAAUUAUACGUAUGAUAUCCAAGGGCGUAGGAAAAUCGACUACUAAUGGCCCGUAUUCAUAUACGCACGAUAUUCCACCUUAAAUUCCUUUGAAAUCUAUUGUUUUGUACGUAUUAUAACAUGCGUAUAUGAAUAUGAGCCCUUCCCCCCUGCAAUUAUCGAUCUUUCUACGCCCAUGACUUUGUCACAUUCAAAAAAUGAGUCGUUGUCAAUCUUGCUUAGAUUCAUACUCUAUUUUCUUUUACGUACGUUCACGGACUGCUGACCAAACACACCGCGAUCUGAGCCCAGAUGUCGCUUCGGUGUCAAAAUAUCAGUGGCGUAGCAAGGAUGACAAUCGGGAGGUUUAAUAUUCAUUUGUGCAUGGGAAACCGAUUUCAGCGUGCACAUAUAUUGAUAUCCCCUCCAAUCAUCGAGCUUGCUAUACGCCACUAAAUAUAGAAUGCUUAUCAACGAAAUAAUGCGUAAAAGUAGCUGCGGUGUAUGAUGGUAAGAUUACGUAUGUUUUUGGAUCCAUUGUGAAAUUGCUGACGUUUUCUAAAAAAUUUUCACACGUGUCUAACGUGUUAUUUUCAAACGUGUAACAUAUUAUUUUUGUGCAUAUUAUUUUUUUUUUAUUAUUA